AUGUCUUUCACUGCCUCCUCCGGGAACACGGUUUUCCCCAAUGGGCCCACCAUGCGCCAACCCUCGCUGUCCUGGAUAUAUAGACUGGAAUGUGACAUUGCCAAAGAAGAGAUCAACAUUGGAGCACCCCAUAACAGCGGCACCAUUCGCAGCAUUGCCAAUAUCGUGCGUGGUAGUGUCAAAGGCCCCGGAAUUGAAGGAGAGAUCUUACCACUGGGCGGUGCAGACUGGGCCACUGUUGUGAAAGGAACACAUUCCAUGACCCUCGAUGCCCGUUACACCGUGCGUACAUCCGACAACCACCACCUUUACAUCCGCGCCCAUGGCCUGUACCGUCCUGGUCCGGGCACUAGCUAUGCAAAGGCCGUUGAAGAAAACCCAGAUAUGAUCCCUCCUCCAACGGUCACCCAGGACGAUGUUGAGUUCUUUUCACAUUUGCGUAUCGAGGCCGGGCCGGGUCCAUAUAAUUGGUUGAAUGGGCUGGUUUGCUUGGGAGUGAUGUGUUGCGAAGGCGAAAAGAUCUGGAUCGAUGCUUAUCACUUGACUAACUUUCCUGGUGUUAAGCCGGAGGAUGUGCUGGCGAGUUAA